UGAUGUUUCAUCGAGUUUAAGUUACUCAUCUUUGGGCAUCAAGGACAUUUCAAUAAUGAUUCGUAAUUUGAAAUUUAUCUUUGUAUGGAUUUCACUUAUACCUCCACUCACAGAUGGCGGAAGUAUCACAUGGUAUAAACCCACCCCGGUUAUGACAACAUCGAAUCCAGCUGAAGUGCUCCCCCCAGGCAUUGUACAUGUUUAUGAAGGGUCUUCUGCCACACUGAACUGGAACUACAGCCUGUCUUUAGGUCUAGGUCUUGGUGGCUUCGUAAGAUUCAACAAUAUUGGCAUAGUCGACAUUUACCGAGAUGGUUCAACUGGUCCUGUCAGUGACCGUUUUCAGAGACGGUUCAUCGUAAGCUCAACCCUAGGAAGAAUAUCUCUAUCUAUCUCUGCAGUGACUGUUGCUGACGAUAAGGCCGAUGGAGAAUUUAGCUGCAGUUUAAUUGAUGCCAAGAGGGAUACUUGGAAACGAGCAAUUCAAGUACAAGUCCUAGUUCCAGCAAAAAUCACUGGAAUUAAAGGUGCACAAACUGUUCAUGAAGGCAGCAACUUGCAGUUAGCCUGCGAAGCCUCUGGCAGACCAGAACCAAACAUCACCUGGGUGAAACAGAUGGCAGGGAACCAAGGAAAUACUGGUGCACAAGAAGGAGGAAUGGUGCUGACUAUAAUAAAAAUCAGCAGAAGUGAUUCAGGAACAUUCAUAUGUACAGCAUACAAUGGUUUUGGUGAACCAGAUAGCCAAGCAGUUUAUGUAAAUGUUACUUAUCCAGCCACAAUUGCUAAAUUUGAAACUGAGUAUUUUGUUGGUGUACAGCAAAGUGUAACUCUUCAUUGUGAAGCAGAAGGAAACCCUCAACCUACAUCUUACUCUUGGAUUCCAUGUGACACAGAACAAGUUUGUGACACUAAUACUCUUGCUAUUGCACAAGUGUUUAACGAUGCCAGCUAUACUUGCAGGGUGGUCAAUGUACAUGGACAUGAUACAAAAACUGCCAUUGUUUAUAUUGCAGGAGAUGUGAUUAAUAUAACCAUUGUCAUCGCAAGUGAAAACUGCAUGGACGAAAAAUACAACAAAUCCUUGCUACUGAGGAAAUUGGAUGAAGAGCUUAAAAGGGCGUUUGCUGGUAAAUUUGAUUAUGAAAGAGUGCACUCGCUGAGUGUAAGGUGUGGAAUUCUAUUAGUUGACCUUGCACUGAAAUUCAACUCCACCACAAAGGAACGAGAUGUUAUCAUAAUACUUAAUGACGCUGUUAAAAAUGGCAAGCUGGGAGAGUUCAGUGUUGGUGCUAUAAAAGGAAAAAGGCCUGAUGUAAAACCACCAGGCGGAGGUUGCGCUGAUGUGGAAUCAUCAGGUGGAGGUGCUACAUCACCACCUGACGGGUCCUCUGGUGGUUUCGUAUAUAUUAUUGUCGGUGCAGUGUUUGGAUCAGUUGUUGCACUGACUGCUGCUGGAUUAUUAGUGUGGUGGGCGUGCAGGAAAAGGAGGCGCAACAGAAAAGGCACUGAAGAGGUGGUGAUGAGCGGAAGAGCGUUUGGAAAUUCGAGUGAUGAAAGAGAUGAAACUACUAGUAUUGCCGUCGAAAUGCCAAAACCUUCUCAAAGCCGUUACACAGCACUCGAUGAUAGAACUCGGUUACAAGUGAUGGCGGAUGCCAGUCCACUCAGCAGUGAAGAAAUCAGCGAGUACGCUUCUCUUAAUUCAUGUACACGCUCUUGGGAGAUUGCUAGAGAACAUGUGACGAUAAAGCAGAUCGUUGGAAAAGGUGCUUUUGGUCAGGUUGCUAAGGCAACAGCCAGUAACUUACAGGGAAGAGCCGAGAAGACACUGGUAGCUGUUAAACUGUUGAAAGAAAACGCUUCUGAAUCAGAGAGAAAGGAUUUGCUUUCUGAACUUGAAUUGAUGAAAAAACUUAAACCUCAUCCUUACGUGAUCAGACUUCUUGGAUGCGUUACCAAAUCUGAGCCACUGUUGGUGUUGAUCGAAUACGUUCCUUUUGGGGAUCUGCUGGGUUACCUGAGAAAGAGCCGUGGAUUAAAUGAUAGUUACUACAAAGACCCAGAUAUCAAACCCCAAACAAAUCUGACAUCACAGCAGCUGAUGAAGUUUGCCUGGCAAAUCGCUGAUGGAAUGUCCUAUUUGUCAUCGAUACCAGUUAUUCAUCGAGAUCUUGCAGCCCGUAAUGUUUUGGUUGGAGAAGAGGAAACUUGCAAAGUGACAGACUUUGGAAUGGCCAGAGAUGUGCAAGAGGACAACAUUUAUGAAAGAAAAACCAGGGGGCGUCUUCCCGUAAAAUGGACUGCCGUUGAAGCGUUGCUUUACGGGAAAUAUUCUACAAAGAGUGAUGUUUGGAGCUACGGAGUUCUCCUUUACGAGAUUUUUACAGUUGGUGGUUCACCCUAUCCACGAAUGGAUGGAAGAAAAAUUGCAAACUUACUUCAAGAGGGAUACAGAAUGCCUAAACCACUACAUGUAGAUGAUAAGUUGUAUGACAUAAUGACAAAAUGUUGGAAAGACGACCCUAACCUUAGACCAUCUUUUGAAAAUUUGAGGAACGAACUCAAAGAAGUGGAAAACCAGCACAAGGGGUUGAUAAACUUAAAAAAUUACGACGAUCGACUCUACGUAAAUGUUGACGAUCUAGCCGAGUAGGCGAGUGAAUUCUCAAACAAGAAAGGAUGGAGUAUUGAAUAUUGCAGCCCUAUGAGAUUAUCUCAUGGGAUUAUCGUAUUUCACAUUAACCCAUAUUUUUUGCUGAUCAAGCAAUUCUUUAAAACAUGCUGUUUAACAGCGAGACAAGGCAAAGCGCAGCUUUCCCAUAUUUUGAUAUAUCUUUUUCUACUAACACAGUGGAACCCCUCAAAACCGGACGCCCUUGGUACCGGAGGAAAUGACCGGUUUAGAGGGGUGUCCGGUGUACUGAGGUUUUACCCAUAAGGCAUUUUUAUGCAGCAUAAUGUACUGUCUGACUGUAAGUACCAGUACGUGGUACACGAGCAGUAAUAAACCACACCAGUAAAGGAACCAACAACAUGAAUGACAAGGAAGCUUUUGGAUGUCAUUUUAUUUAAUCUACAAAAAAAUUCCGUGUUACACACAGGGUAAUAUGAUCACCGCUUUUAAUUCAUUUGUAGACUUCUUUCUUCUUUAAAUUAUCACCUACAGUUUUACCGAUCCCAAAUUUACCGCUAGCGCUUAGAACCUUCAGUGUUGGUUUAGGCACUGAUUCCGCGCAUUUGAUCAACUCAAUUCUCUUCUCUAACGAUAACUCGAUUCUUUGGCGUUUCGCUGGUCUCUCAGACAUAGGGAUGUUUGCUACUUCGUUUGCUUUCGCAAGCGAUUUCAUCCGCAACAUGACAGUCUCUUAAUCUGACCUCUUUUGUUGUCUUUCAUUCAACCCAAGAACUGCGGUACGUUUGUCGACUUCAGAUUUUUUGCUUCAGUACCGAUAGAACAAUGACUAAUUAGCCGAUGCGCGUUUCUCACUUCUGAUUGGGAUUUCACAGCUGCAUAAUUACGAUUUUAAUUUUAAUCACGUUUUAAAACGUGUGAUUUGAUUUAGGCGGCAAGCAUAAAACUUUCACGUCCGGUUAAGGAGGUCAAUUUGUCAGUAUGUUCUAACGGACUGAAAAAAGCGUCCGGUUUCCGGAAGUGAGGGGUUCCGGUUUAUUGAGGUUAAAAGUAGAGAAAAUGUAAGACAGACAUUUUGGGGCCGAAAAAAAGGUCCAGUAUAGAGAGGAUUCCGGCUUAAUGAAGGUCCGGUUUAGAGGGGUUCCACUGUAGUCUUGAAAAGACAAACAAUUUUGUAUGUAUUGUAUUUUAUUGUAUUGUAUUUACGAAUAUUUAUACAGGGUUCGCUCCGACGAAGGGCUAACGCU